AUGUCACUUUUAACAAAAAGCGAAUCGAUUCAGAUUCGGGAGGUUUGGGCUGAUAAUCUGGACCAAGAAUUUGCCCUAAUUCGUAAUAUUGUCGAUGAUUACCCAUAUAUUGCCAUGGAUACUGAGUUCCCGGGUAUUGUAAUCCGACCCGUGGGAAAUUUCAAGAAUUCCAGUGACUAUCAUUACCAAACUUUGAAAGCCAAUGUUGAUUUACUGAAGCUGAUUCAGUUAGGGCUUACAUUUUCGGAUGACAAGGGAAAUUUGCCCACUUGUGGAACAGAAAAGUAUUUCAUUUGGCAAUUCAAUUUCCAGGAAUUUAAUCCAAAUGAGGAUGUAUUUGCCAACGAUUCGAUUGAAUUGUUGCGCCAGAGUGGCAUUGAUUUCUCGAAGAAUAUCGAGAAGGGCAUUGACGCCAAGCGAUUUGGGGAGCUUUUGAUGUCAUCAGGGAUUGUUUUAAACGAUAAUGUGUACUGGGUGACUUUCCAUAGUGGCUAUGAUUUCGGGUACUUGCUCAAGCUCUUGACUUGCCAGAGCUUGCCCGAUACACAAGAGGGGUUCUUUACUAUGAUCCAUGUGUAUUUUCCCGUGCUUUAUGAUAUUAAGCAUUUGAUGAAGUUCUGUAACAGUCUACACGGGGGUUUGAAUAAGCUGGCCGAGUUGUUGGAGGUGGAAAGAGUUGGGGUUUGCCACCAGGCGGGUUCGGAUAGUUUGCUCACAUCUUUUGCUUUCAGGAAGUUGAAGGAGAACUUUUUUAGUGGUUCCCUGGAGAAAUAUUCCGGAGUGUUGUACGGUCUAGGCGUUGAGAAUGGACAGAAUACAAACUGA